CCCCCGGGAGCACCUCCACUCCCACCACCUCCAUCCACCACGCCCACCGGCCACAACGGGAGGAAAAAGCGGCGCGUCCGGAGCUUCUACUGGAAGCCCAUCCCGGAGGAGAAGGUGCGUGGAAAGCCGAACAUCUGGACGAUUGCGGUCCGGCAGCAGCAGUUCCAGAUAGACGUCCGCUCUGUGGAGGAGCUGUUCGGGCAGCAGGAGGACGUGGCCACCAAUUUACGCGGAGCAUCGGCAACAGCUGGAGCAUCAUCACGCGUGUCUAGAUCUCGCUCUUUUAAGGAGAGCAGCAAAGGGGAGAUCAGCAUCCUUGACUCAAAGAGGGGAAUGAAUGUGGGAAUUUUUCUCAAGCAGUUUAAGAGGUCCAACCCCUCCAUUGUUGAAGACAUACUUCGAGGAGACGGAAAGAUCUAUGGAGCCGAGCUGCUCAAAGACCUGCUGAAGUUGCUGCCGGACGCUGAGGAGAUCAAGAAGCUCCAGGCGUUUAAAGGGGAUCCAGACAAGCUGACACUGGUGGACUCCUUUAUGUUCCUCCUAAUCCACGUUCCACGGUUUGAAGUUCGGAUUGAGGCCAUGGUCCUCCGUGAGGAGUUCUUCCCUUGCUGUGCAGCCAUGAGCCAUGACAUCGAUAUUGUCCGCGUUGCAACCAAAGAGCUGCUGAACUGUGAGGAGCUUCACGCCAUCCUUCACCUGGUGCUGCAGGCCGGAAACAUCAUGAAUGCCGGUGGCUAUGCUGGAAACGCUGUGGGCUUCAAGCUGUCCUCUCUUCUCUCUCUAGCCGACACAAAGGCUAACAAGCCUGGGAUGAACCUGCUUCAUUUUGUUGCCAUGGAGGCAAAAAAGAAAGAUGAGAAGCUGCUCAAGUUUCCAGAGAAGCUUCAGGAUGUGCAGAGUGCCGCCAGAGUUUCAGUGGAAAACAUCGAGCUGGAGUUUUCCUCCCUUUUCGUCCGAAUCAAAUCCUUGGAUGAGAAAGUCCGAGGGGACGAGGAGCUACUGCAGCAGCUGGAGCCCUUUCUGCAGAGCUCAGCACAGACGCUGCAGGAUUUAAAACGACGCAGGCUGGAACUGCGUAAAGAGGGGAACGCUCUCAUUGAUUUCUUUUGUGAAGACAAGGACACCUUCAAGCUGGACGAGUGCUUCCGCAUCUUCCAAGACUUCUGCAUCAAGUUCAACAAAGCUGUCAAGGACAAUGUGGACCGCGAGUUGAAGGAAGCGUCCAGACAGCGGCGUCUAAAGGAACUGGAGGAGAAGCGCUUUGCGUGGGCGGGUGAGGAUCAGAGCGGCGUCUUUGGCCGCAGCAGCAGCGAGAGCGACAUGGAAAUGCUCACAAAGGAGGGUCUUUUGGACUUCUUCCAGAAGCGCUCUCAGAGUCCUUUCAACCCACUGGGGCGCUCCGCGAGCGCUCGGCGCCACCGGCACACAGUGAACUCUGUAGCAGAUCGGGAACUCCAAGGAUACCUUGAGCUGUUCGGAAGCCCGACCAGCUCCUCUGACUUUUCUAAGUUUAACAGCCUGCCGCGCUCGGGUCGAAACAUCCAGCGAAGGACGACCCCGUGGAUUUUAGCGCAGGAUGACAGUCGUGAGGUAGUGACGUCUCCACAUGCAGAAACUGAACCUAUUAGCCCGUUAUCCAGGUUGUCCUCCUCUAGACUGAAAGAUAAGGAGGACUCCUGUAACUACAAUGACUAUUCAUCUGUGUCAGAAAACAGUGUUCUCCGUCCUUCCUUUUGUGUCUUUCAAAGGCCCGCGCUUUUCUCCAACCCAACCCUGUCUGGACAGAUGAAUGUCCGAGUGGAGAAGCAUACUUUAGUCCGAGGCCCUCAAGCUUUUGAUCUCCCCAGUCCAAACAACAACAGCAAUCAGACGCACUUCGUCAACCUGAAGGAUGUCGUGGUGACAAACUUGGACAACGAAAGACAGUCGACUCCCAAGACUCUGAAAGGCCUUCUGGAGGGUGAAGGUGUGGAGGCUGGAGGAGAGGGUGAAGUCAUUUCUCCCAUGCAGGCUGGGGCGGAGAAGGAUGAGGAGGACUGCAGUACAGUUUCUUCAACCACCUGUGACACUCCUCUCCCACUAGACACCUCCGUGUCCAACAGGAAGCCAACGUUUUACAUAGUAGACUGCACAGAAACGGACUGCUCCGUUACUCUGGAUUACUCUGAUGCUAAGAGCUCUUCCCUGACUAAAGAAGGACUUUAUUUUGGAACAGACAAAGGACAGGAGAGAAAAAAAGAUCAAAGCUCUUUGUCCUCUAACGUGGAGUCUUUGUCCCCCAGUGAUCAGUCUCUUUCUGUCAAUGAGCUCUCGGCGCUCCAGCCUGCAGAUGCGGCGUCUGCAGCUCCAUCUGGGACCACGGAGGAGUGGGACACGGAGAGCUGCGACACGGCUGAAGGAAAGCAGGGCGUGGAAAAAGAGGCACAGAGAAGCUGCAAGAAAUCUGCACACUCCAAAAGCAACAAAGUCCCGAAGUCCAGCGGAGCGCGAGGGGUUCGAACGCUCACCGGCAGUGAGAAUCAGGGCAUGCGGAAGGUGGUGCCCAUCAGCAAGCUCACCAGGUCCGGGAGCAGCAAGCGAGCGGAGAAGCCCGCAGCGCACGACGGCGGAGAGCUGCGGCGGCCUCUGCGGGACCAGAGCACGCCAGCAAGAGGGCGGAGCGACAAGACCACCAGAAGUCUUCGCCACUCAAGUUUGCCUCCCGAGGAGUCAAAGGUUCAGAGAGGAGGCGGGCAGACGGGAAGCAGCUCCCGAUGGGCACGGGAUUCCAUGCCAAGGAAAGCCUCCAUCCACAAACCGAAUGCCAAACCCCUCAGAAACAUCCCCAAGCCUCCCCCUGAGGAGAAGAUGUGCCGCUCCACCAUGAGGGCUCUGGCCCAAGCUCAAGCCCAGGGAGGGGCGACCUCUGAGAACAGCAGCGUCCACACACACGCCCCCAAAAGCACAGCCGACGUUCCCAGCUUUGCCAGGAACACAGUGGCUUCGUCUUCCAGGACCAAGAAAGAGACCCCCGCUUCAUCUGUGCCGUCCACGCCGUCCCGCAGCCCCUCCCUCAUGGGCCGACAGUCUUCCGCAAAACCAGGUCGGGUGUCUGUUCACAGCAGUGAGGAGAAGCCACAAGUGACAAACCUGCGCCGGGUUCAGAGCGUGAAGGCCUCCCACCGCAGCGAGACUCCGCCCCCUCCCGCAAUACGAGAAAGUAUCCGUAAGAACAGCAGCUUCUCUGAAAGGUCUGUGCAGGGCAGAGACCUGACGUCCAUCAGGACCACCAAGCCCAGCUGGAAGUGAAGCAACAGAGCAGGAAACUCAACUGAUCCUGUCAGGAUUGUAAGGUGACGUCCACAUCAUGUCUUCAAAGGUGGAUUUUUUUUUGUCAGGUUUACAAAUCGUAAACAACAAGAUGCAACAAACUUUCAGAAAAUCAAGUGAAGCUUCUUUUUUAUCUGUAAGUAAACUGACAAACGGCAUAUCACCUUUUUGCCUGCGUAGCUGCUGUCUGUGCUAGCGCCCGUGACGAUGUCGAUCAAAACCCCACCCACUCACUUCGUAAUGCUGCUAAUUAGCGCCGAUGACACUGAGAUUCAGCAUCUGCUUCUUUCAGGGUUCCAGAUCUGUUGCGUCCUAACUUCAUGUGUGGUUUUCAGCAGCCGUCUGCUCCACAGUUUUUUUUUUUUUUGUUUUUUUUGCUUAAUACCUCAGAAUGAUCGCAGUGGCCUUGUACCAGCAGGAAAAAGAAGCAGCUCACUGUGUUCUGCAUGUCGUGAAGAAAACCCUAUCAAUCAGGGGAAACACACCUGCCACGCCACUUUGAAGAACCACUGACAUCAUCACUGCAAUAUGUAAAGUCAUAGAUACUGUAGAGCAACUAUAGUACUUCAUGUACUCAAUCUGUAGAAAAUAAGUGCAUUAUAUUAAAGCAAUGGAGGUAAAAAAAGAAGUUCCUCAUUUGGAAAAAAUAAAACUGAGAAUUUACAAUGUUUUAAAGAGCAAAGAGUAUCAGUCAUAUGAUUCUGGUUUUGGAUGUCCAAUAUUAAGUCUCUGCUGUGCAGGUUUUUAUUUUACAAAAAUGUUCUAUUUUCCUGUUGUGGCAUUAUUGCAACCACAGAGCUGUUCAGAACUCAACCAGACUUGAUUUAAAGUCAUAAAUGAGCGCAUAAAUCCUGGUUCACAUUAAGAUUUGUCACUUUUGAAAAGAACCAAAUAAGGCACCAUUUCAAAAUUGUUUCUUGUGACAAAACUUUGUUGCCAUGGAGUCACAUAGUGUGUAUUGAAGAUCAGUUUUUUUAAUAUUUGGAGGACAGAAAUUUCAUCUGAGCACAAACCACCAGCAGAGGCUGUAAGAUUAAUAUUCCUUUAAAUUAUCACAUAUUUUCAACAUUUUGACCAUUAUAUACGUGUUUCUCACUGACUCACAUUCAUAGAUAACACAAUAAGUAGAUUUGAUUGUUCAUUUAUCGAUUUAGGGAGAAAAUAUCUAAUUGAAAACGAACUACCCUCUGGUGGGAAUCAAACAUGAGAACUCCAAAGACGUCCAAAUAUUCCUUUGACUACCUUUGUGAAGCAAACUGACCAACAUUGUGAAGCAACACAAAAAAAAAAACACAAUAUGAAAUUUAAAAGAUUACCAAAGGAGACAACAACUACAGACAAAGGAAACACUUGGAAAAAAUAUCAAAAUAGAUGCAGAAUAAUAAAAAGACCUGAUAAAAACUAAUAAUAUGUAUUUUACAUUAAAAUGAAAUAAUUAUAAUUAAAAGCAGACUUGAAAGUGGACAAAAAUGCCAUGAAAUCAAACAAUUUAAGACAGUAAAAUAAAAAAAUACUCCUAUUGUUACUAAAGGAAUGUAAAAUUUAAAGAAGUGACUGAACAAGAAGGACCAGAAUCACUAAAGUGGAAAGUUGUGGAAAACCAUACAAUUAAUAGUCAGUUCUGAGUGUAACCAAAGGAUAAAUUCAAGUGUCUUAAGUGUAUGUAUUCAAAAUAAAGUUAUUUAUGACUUAAAAUAUUUUUUCUGAGUUCAAACCACAAGCUCUGUUAACCCCAAAGAGGAAAUUGGAGAAAUAUUUUUUAAAAAUCUGUUCAGGAUUGUGAUUUUAGGCAAAGCUCUUUACCUUCUAUGUAGUUUUGGCUCCAGUUCCAUUUGAGUUCACUCUCCGGCCUUUCCAAGAGUUGUUCAGUUUGUGGCAACAAUACUCAUAUCUGUGCAUUACCCACAAGCCCAAUGUAUUUCUUCCACUAGGAAUCAAAUCCUUCUUGAAACCAAACAUUUCUUUACUGCAUCUAGCUCUGAUAACGACUCACUUUUGUUUGUUUUUCUUCACAUAUAAAGAAAUGAUUGUUUUCUUAAUCCAGGAUUGAAAUGUUUUAACUCUCACCUUCAGGAAGAGGUUUUCAGGGAACGUCUGCUUCUCAGAAGUGAUCAUGAAUUUCUUGUAAAACUACUGACUUAAACAGAUUUUUAACUUGAUGUGCAGCUGUUUUUUCCAGCUCUUCAGUUAAGAUCCACCUGUUUCAAUUCAUCCAUAAUUGUUUUAAAAACUUGAAACACAAAAGGACACCGAGUGCGUGCUCAGCCCAAAUAUUUAUCAUUUAGAUGGCGAAAAAUGUCUCCAUUUGAGGUUUAUUUGAUGGAAUUAACCUUCUAAAUUAACCUGGCUUACAGACUCAGAACAGCUUGUGCCACAAUUCUAUCAAACGGCCGUCUCUGCAUUCAUCUCAGUGCGUCAUAAAGUACCCCCCGCUGCCGUUCCCUUCAACAGGGGCGGGCGCCACAAUGGGUGCCCUUUCCUUUGCAUUUCAGUGGCUUACAACGGCAGAGCUGCUUUGGAAUUCGUCUUCUUUCAUGUCCACCACCCUUCCAUGCUGGUUACUGCAGUAACCGUGCAAGUUUCUUACCCAAAUAAAAGUCCCAUAAACUUCAAAGGUCACAAAGUGUUCUCACAUCAGAAGGCAUUGCGUAGUCCUAGUGUUUUAACUCCUCAAAACAUUUGAUGAUCAUGUUGUGAAAGACAACGCACAGCGAUGCUGCGCUGCAAGGAACUAUUGUAACUCAGUGCAUAUUCUGCUAGUUUUGGUCGUUUACUCUGAAGUGAUGGUGUGUAAUGUCAACAUGGAUGUGUCUUCUGCAGGUGUGUGACUCCACAGCAGACAAACGACUGAUCUUAAGACAGAAUGGCAGCACGUUACUGCUGCACUUCAUGUUUCUGAUGAUGAAAUGAAUAAAAUCACAUGUUGCUGUGGACUGGAAA